AUGGGCCGCCCAAAGCGCCAGGUCCUCGCCACCAUCGAGGAUACCGUCACGCCGCCCGACGUCCUGCCGGCGGCGCACCUGCUGGCGCGCAUCGUCAAGGCCGAGGGCAAGAACCUGUACAGCGCUGAACUGCCCGGCGGGAAGACGGUGCUGGCGGAGCUCGAGCCGCGGUUCCGCUCGACGGUGUGGAUCAAGCGCGGCAGCUACGUGGUGGUGGACACGUCGGCGAUGGCGGAGCGCGACAACAAGCUCGACGGGGUGAUUGUGAACAUUGUGCGCGACGAGAAGGCGUGGCGCAAGUCGCCGUAUUGGCCCGGCGAGUUCGUCAAGAAGCCGGCGUACGAGGACAGCGACGACGAGGCGUCGACCGUGGGCAAGAUGCCGCCGACCGACUCCGACGAGGAUGCGUGA